UCUCCAAACUCGCUAAUCAAACGAACACUAUACUUAUAAUUAUUUAAAAAAUUGUGCUCACUCUACGGAGCAAUCAUUUUUUCAAAAUAUUAUUAAAAACCAAAAAUUUACAAGUUGAACGGAAAUACAUCUACGCACGUCACAGCUAGAAGGACACUUCUCCCGCGACUCUAGCAGUGCCUCCAACUUCCGCUAUCGGUCUUUUACCUCGUGAGCCACGAAGCAGAGGCAGAACGAUAAACAUGCAGCUUCACAUCCGCGGGCAGGAGACCCAUGUCAUCGAGUGCCAGGAUGACGAGACGGUGGCACAGAUUAAGGCAAGGCUUGCAGCAUUCCAGGAUGUUGAAUUCCAUCUGUACUGCUCUGGUACUCCAUUGAGCGACGAUGUUCUUGUUAGCGAACUGACAAGCAACACCCUCGACCUGACUGUCCCACUUCUCGGAGGUAAGGUCCACGGUUCUCUUGCGCGUGCCGGUAAAGUCAAGGGACAGACCCCAAAGGUUGAAAAGCAAGAGAAGAGCAAGAAGAAGACUGGCCGUGCCAAGAGGCGAAUCCAGUACAACCGAAGAUUCGUUAAUGUUGUUCAGACAUACGGUCGCCGACGUGGACCAAAUGCUAACCCCAACCCUUAAGCAUUUCUUCUUUUAAUUUUAUAAAGCGUCACGUAUUUGUAAUACCAUGUAUUUAAUAAAUUCCUGAUAAUACAAAUUACGUCCGCAAUAAA